AUGGACAGUGAUGCUAAUGAUUCUGCCACUUUUACCACUAAUAAUACAAACGAUAUUGCACCUAAUAUUAUUUUCAAAAAUGCCAUAAAAAAGGAACAGAAUGUAGAGAGAUCAACACUUGAUAACACAAUGAAUGCUACGUUUAGUGAUAACACUUCUGUUAAUAGGAACCCCGAUUUAGGAACAAAAUCAGAGGGAUCAGUGAUUGAUCAACAAAAUAACUAUGAGGGUACUACUAUUAAGGGUAAUAUUAAUGGAGAAAUAACAACUACUGGCAUUGCCAACAACACGAGUGAAGGCAAAAGAUUAGCCUGUUCUAAUUGUCGUAGAAGACGGAAAAAAUGUGAUUUGGGGUAUCCAUGUGCAAAUUGCACAAAAUUUAAAUUAGCUUGCAAUGUUAAUAUGGUUGAUUUAAGAAAAAAAAGGUAUUCCAACAGCUAUGUUAAAUCCUUAGAAGCUCAUAUUGCCUAUUUAGAAACUAAAUUGAAGGAAGUUGUUGAAGAGAUUUCGCCUAACAAUCAAAAAUUACUAAACAGUAUGAUGAUAGGUGAUAUAAUUACAGAAGAUUUAAACGAUGGUAAUAGUGAUAAUAAUGGUAAUAAUAACAAUGACAACAACACUAAUAAUAAUAAUAAUAAUAAUAAUAAUAAUAAUAAUGCAGAGGAGGAGGCUAAAAGUAAUGAUGUUAAUGAAGAUAAAAAUACAGAUAAUAUUAAAGAAAAUACGAGUCUAAAAAAUGUGGUUAACGUUAUUAGAAAAGAAGAAGAUGUAUUACCUAAAUCUGGAAUAUUUAAAAAUACUAAGAAUAAAACUACUAAUAAAAAAAAUAAAAAUAUUGGAAAUAAAAAAAUUAAUAUUAAAGAUAUAAUAACUAGCCAAGAUGACAUACGAAAACCUCAAGAAUCGAGUUGCACAAAUAGUACUGGUAAUGCUAGUAAAAAAUAUAAAGCAGGCACACCUGAUCUUGAAAAUAGUUGUACCACAUUGCAGACAGAUAGUUCCAUGGCUGCUAUUUCCACGACAAACGGCACACCUGUCUCCUCCUCAGUAUCUUCUUCAUCUCGUAUUAAGGAUUUGAAUACUACGGUCAUUAUAAGAGAUACAACGAACACGGAUGUAAACCGUUUAACAGGUAGAGAAGAUAUUGUGCAAAGUGUUAAAAAUUUUUAUAAGUGGUUAUAUCCUGGAUAUUUUAUUUUUCUACAUAGAGAAAGUUUUUUGUAUGGAUUUUUUACAGACAGCGAAGAUAAUUAUGAAAACUCCAGGUACUGCAGCGAAGAAUUGGUGUAUGCAGUUGCUGCUAUUGGAUCAAGAUUAAUACCGGAGUUGAGACAUAAAAGUGAUAAAUACUAUGAAUUAGCAAAAGCAAAAGUGUUGCAAAAAGUCUUUGUCACAGAUUCCGAUACAUCUGGUUCCGUACCCGAGCAACGCAAAGUUAUGCCACAGAUUACUACGGUGCAGACGUUGUUAUGUCUAGCAUUUUAUGAACUUGGUAAUGGGAACUAUAAUUUAGCAUGGUAUUUCAGUGGGUUGGGCAUUAGAGUUGGGUAUGAUAUUAGCUUUCAGUUGGAUCCGCAUGUUUGGUUAACAGCCGAUACUGUGACCAAUAGCGGCACCAAUUCCAAUAGUAUAAAUGAGGGGGAACUUUUAAGUAGCAGUGAAAUAGCAAUUAGGAGCAGAAUAUACUGGGGGUGUUAUAUUGCAGAUCAUUUUAUAUGUUUACUGCUUGGUAGGACUCCGUCACUAAGCGUUUCUAAUUCUACAAUUCCUGAUAGCAACGAAUUGCCAGAAAUAGAUGGUACACAGGACUUUCGCUUUGAAAGUAAACACAUUUUGCAAGUUUCUAUUCCUUUAAAAAAUUUAAUUAUCCUGUCCAGAAUUAUACAAAUUUUUACAUCCAAGUUAUUUAUUGAACCUCAAAAUUUGUCGCAGAAAUUGGAAUAUUUGAUGAAGUUUAACUUAAAGGUUUAUAAUUGGAGACAAUCGUUGCCGGAUUUCUUAACGUGGUCUAAGAAACUAUUGAAAAAUGGAGAUCUUUCCAUUGAUCCUACCAUCUCAUAUUUUUGGUAUCAUUAUUAUAUUGUGCUAUUAACUUUUAACAAACCCUUUAUACAAAAUUCAGAUGAAAGUAUCAUGGUUGUUAAAGAGGUAUUGCAAGACUUGAAAACAUUGUAUUCUAAUUUUAAAAAUAAGUUUUUUAAUGGUGGAUUUGAUAAAUGCAGUUUAUAUCAAUUGUUCAGUUGUUUGUUAAGUAUACAAUGUAUUAGAAAGAUUAUGGAAGCGGAAAAUAAAGACAAACAUGAUGCAUAUGAAGAGGGUAAUUCCAAUAUCAGUAAUUCAAAUACCUCUGGUGGUGAUGUUCUAGAAAAAGACCUAAAGUUUUUCACAGAUAUGUUAAAACUAAUGAAGCAAACUUAUUGUGUUGCUGAUACAGAAGCAUUAUUUGACUUAGAUGGCGGGUCGAAAAAUAGUAAUGGUAGCCUUAAUAAAAAAGGGGUGACAAGGAGAAGAAAUAUUAAUGGUAAGAAGAUCACGAAAUCAGAUACAGUUAAAUCCAGGCAAAAUACAAAUAUUAAGAGUAUAAAGUCACUUUUUAAAACCAGUGCUUCUUUUAAUUCCACUUCAACUAAACGUUCUGGCAUUGCUGCUGCUGCUGCUGAAAAUUCUAGUUCCACUGUUGAAAACAAUGGCGUUAUAAAUGACAUUAACCAUAUUGCAUCACACCAUCGCAACAGCUAUCAAAACAAUAUAUAUUCGGAUUUUAAUGAACAAAGUGGCAACCAAGGGGGGAAACAGCAAAAGGGGUGCAAUUUUUCUCACAUAUUAGAUGAAGACAAUAAGCUUUUGAAAAAGUCUUCGACGUCAUCCGUGGAUCAUAGCAUUGUUUCUGCUACCGGUGAUACAAUUGAUGCUUCAAACAGUAAUGUGGAAACCACAAAUAUAAAUUCAAGUAACGUAAUACAUGGUAACAUCUUUAAUUACACAUAUGACUUUAGUUUGUCGGAUGAAAUUGAUAGUUUAAUCAAGCAAGUAUUUGGUAUAGAUCAUUUCAAUUUAAAUCCGCAGCAUACGUUAUAA